UUUAAUCAGAUCGGCUGGCUGACUGGCAUAUCUUCUUCCUCGUUGAUCUGCUGACUGAGCUCAAGCUCCCCAUGGCCAUGGAUGAUUGCCCUUGCCGCCUCCCCAGCGACGCCCUUUUCCUCGGCUUCGAUUGCUCCACGCACCAGGUCGCUGAAAGCCACGGUGCUGGACGCCGGCCUCACGCUCCUCGCCUAUGACUCCGUCCACUUCGACUCCGACCUGCCGCACUACGGCACCCACGGCGGCGUCCUCCGGGACCCGGCCGACCCCGCCCGCGUCGUGGCGCCGCCGCUCAUGUGGGCCGAGGCCCUGGACCUGCUCCUCGCCAGGCUGCGCCCCAGGGUCGACUACGCCCGCGUCGCCGCCGUCUCCGGCAGCGCGCAGCAGCACGGCAGCGUCUACUGGAGCCACGGGGCUGGCCCGCUGCUCGCCUCCCUCGACCCGGCCAGGACCCUGCCGGCGCAGCUCGCCGCCGCGCUGGCCACGCCGGAGUCGCCGGUGUGGAUGGACAGCAGCACGGCGCCGCAGUGCCGGGAGGUCGAGGCGGCGCUGGGCGGCGCGCUGGAGGUGGCCAGGCUCACCGGCUGCCGGGCGCACGAGCGGUGCACCGGCCCGCAGAUCAGGAAGAUGUACCAGACGAGGCGCCGCGUGUACGACGCCACCGAGAGGAUCUCGCUCGUGAGCUCGUUCAUGGCGUCGCUGCUCGUCGGCGGCUACGCCUGCAUCGACCAGACUGACGGCGCGGGGAUGAACCUAAUGGACAUCGCCACGCGCGAACUGCGCAGCGACGCCCUUGAGGCUACUGCUCCAAAUUUACAAGACAAGAUUGGGAACCUAGCACCUGCGUAUGCUGUAGCAGGAACCCUAUCUCCUUAUUUCGUUCAGAGAUUUCAGUUUAGAAGCAACUGUCUAGUUAUUCAGUGGUCAGGGGACAACCCCAACAGCCUUGCAGGCUUAACUUUGAGCGAUCCUGGUGAUCUAGCAAUCAGUCUUGGGACAAGUGAUACAGUUUUUGGGAUAACUGAUUCACCUGAACCAUCCCUGGAUGGGAACAUCCUCCCUAAUCCAGUGGACCCCAAGACCUAUAUGGUUAUGCUUUGCUACAAAAAUGGCUCUCUAACACGGGAAGAUGUUCGAAAUCAUUAUGCUGAGAGGUCAUGGGAUGUGUUCAACAAGCAUUUAGAGAAAACAGCUCCCUUAAAUGGAGGAAAAUUGGGAUAUUACUUCAAGGAACCUGAGAUUCUGCCACCACUUCCAGUUGGGUUUCACCGUUACAUUGUCAAUUCCUUAGCCAGUGGAUCUUUAGAUGAGAUGGUGGAACAUGAGAUAAACCAGUUUGAUCCUCCUUCAGAAGUACGGGUCCGUGCAAUAAUAGAAGGGCAGUUCCUGUCCAUGAGGGGCCAUGCUGAAAGGUGUGGCCUUCCAGUGCCUCCAAAGCGGAUCAUAGCGACUGGUGGUGCUUCGUCAAACCAGAUCAUUCUCAAGACGAUGGCAUCCAUUUUUGGCUGCGCGGUUUACACCGUCGAAAGACCAGACUCUGCCUCACUGGGUGCUGCUCUUAGAGCAGCCCAUGGGUGGACAUGCAACCAGCAAGGCAAGUUUGUGCCUGUUUCAUAUCUGCACUCAGGAAGAUUGAAUAGAACAUCACUUAAGCUGGCUGCUCCAUUUGGUGACUCAGAGGAGGACAUUGACCUUCUGAACAACUACACAUUGUUGAUGAAGAAAAGGCUGGAGAUUGAGCAGAAGCUUGUCGAGAGGUUUGGUCGACAUUCAUGAAGUAGUUACUGGAAAUAUUUGUGUAUUAGUGCAAGCCUAGAAUUUAAAUCCAGCACUCCUAAAGUCUCAAUAUUGGACUGUUCUCUAUCAGUGCAAUUGGGUAUUUUGCCUAUUAUUGUUGCCUUAAGAAAACAAAAUUCAAUGGACUAUUGCAAACGGAGAUUGAAAGGAAAGGAUAGUUGGAUGAUUUAGAUAUCAAGUUGCCACUUUGCCAUAGAAAAAUUAUGUGUUAGGCCAGGAAGCACAUUUUGUUAAGUAUUUUUUUAUAUAAAGUGCAAUGGAUCGGCAAGUUCAGGCCAAAUUUUGAAUAAGGUGUAGGCUUCUCUUACUCCUUUUGGAAAUGUUGUCCUUGUGCUUCUCUGUCCCAGUUGAGAAUCAUACUUAGCACAGUUAUAGUGCAAUCCCUUUGUUGUUGAAUAUGCAGUCUGACUCUGUGUUGAAAGCUUGAAAUCCUAUUGAGUAUGUUUGUUGACCUUUUCUUGUCUUACCUCACCAAGUCAAAUGGCGUGCAUGUUCUGCUGAUGAAUGGCGUCCUACUCAACAUGGUGAGGCUACACCAAGGAUGACCACCAAAUUUGCAAAAUCUACUAGUGAGCUACUGCUAUGUAACACUGAAUGCACUUAGUGAAUUAGUGGGUUCUUAUUGCCUCCACAGUUCAGCAUUUGUUAUGCAUGGGCACUAUGUACGGUUAAUGAUAUAAAGGCUUUAGCAAACCUAGCUAGAUACCUACAGCACUUGCU